AUGCAUCCGUCCAAGGUGCUCGAACACCAGGGCUCCCAGGCCGCCAAGGUGCUCGCAUCUCGGCUUUGGAGUUCUUCGGUCAGCAUUGGUGGAGCUGGACGUUCACAGGACUUCGCGGCUGCUGUCUCCACCAAGAAGGGUCGCAAACGCAUGGCAAAGCUAAUCCUGGAGCUUCUCAGCGAGGUACCUCAGCUGUCCGGUGUGGACUUCGAUUGGCAGGCACUUCGCAACGGGCUGUGCGACGAUGCCAUCGUUAGGAGCAUCGCUUCACUGCGCAGCGAAUCUUCCGGCCUCGGUUUUGUCGAGCUCUUCGACAUGUGCCACGCCAUGACUUACACCAUGAUGGACAGCAACGGCCGCCAUGCCAAUGAGAAGGUGGACAGAGAUACCAUCCAGGCCUGGGUGAAAGCUGGCCUGCCUCUAGCGAAGCUGACGCUGGGCACUCCUUUUUUCGGUGUGAAGGCCGGUGAUGAGCCUCGCACCUUCGCAGAGCUUGUGGCCAAGGAGCCUUUGUUACUGGACGACCCGACGAUUGACGUCAGCAAGGAUGGCUAUUUCUUCGUGAAUGGGUACUCUCUCACCGAGAAAGUCCGGCUCGCUGAGAAGGAGGGCCUCGCUGGCGUCAUGAUCUGGGAGCUAGGGCAGGAUGUGAUUGAAGAUCGUGGGAGCCUGCUGUGGCAAGCUUGGGAUGCGGCAGAGAGGGCACAGAACAAGGGCAUUUUCCAUGGCCUCUUCGGCAUCGUGCUAACGGAAGACCACAUGUUUGGCAUGCUGACGUUCAUGAUGGGAGGCUACUACCUUGCCAAGACACUCGCCAGAGCUGCACGGCCCGCGAACAAUACCCACAAGAAGCAGGUGGAAUCUGCAGUUGAGCAGUCCCGCCGAUAG